AGUCGCUCUCGACCUGCCGUCGACGCCGUACCUCAGUCGCUUCUCACAGGGUGUUCGGGAGAUAUCCCGCGCGCUGCACGUCCUCAAAAAGAUCGCGAGUGUUUGUAAUGCCCAGCACCGAUGUACGGCACCAGCCUAUCCUACAGCCGCUACGGCUCGAAGGACCACGAACGCCGCAGGAUCAGGAGUCCUGAUGACGCCUCGUGGCUGUCGCAACCUUCGUCUGCAAGGACGAACACCAAAACAUACAACAAUAGACAACCUGUUGGCGACUAUCCCAGCUAUGGCAACACCCCGCACAGACGGUACACACGUUCUUCCACGACCUCUAGCGUCGCGCAGAUCCUCAGCGACUCUUGCACCAGUCUCUUGCAAAAACUCACCACCAAAGUCCGAGGACCUUCGUCCACGGUAGAGAGACAGCUGACGAGCGACAACUUCAGUCCCAGCAACGCCGGCUUCGUUCCUCUGACCACCAGCAAGAGUUCCACGGUAGUACCCAACUUCAACCAUACGAUCAACAGGCUAGAGGACAAGUACUCCUGCGUACUGGACAGAAUCUACCGCAAGAGGCCCGAGAAGCAGUACGAAUCGUUCGGAGGUAGGGGCUUGGCAAAAAGUUCCACCACCGCUAACGUCCUGCUAGCUGAGAAAUCCUACCCCUACACCAGCAAUGUCACCCACAGGGACAAAACUCCUUUUCGCACCGAGAGCAGGAAGUCAUUGCAGAAGAAGCAGUACCAAGAGCCACAGUACACCUGCCUGGAUAACCAGUCGAGCAAUAGGGUGCGACACAAGUCCAACCACAAUGAUUCUCGACCUAGGAGGUCCGCCAAGCCACAAAGAACCGGCAAGAGCGAGGUGUCCGAUAUAAGGACGACUACUAGCUUGAAGCUGCAUCCUGUCGAGAUCAGCCUUCAAGAUGGCUUGGUACCGGUGCACUCAGCGACCACCAAACCUGUUGCUGGACCUGUGGAGGUGGACGAAGAGGCUACUCCUACGCCGAUAUCGGUGGAGGGGGCGCAGAGGGAGGCGAAGAGAAAGGAGAUUCAGAGCCUGAUAUCGAAGUAUUCUGCUCUUGAUGAGGCCUACAACAAACUGCACGUGUCCGGUGCGAGGAGACAUGUUGCGAACACUAGUGUAGCGUCGCCGCCUAGUGUUGUGACUGCGAUCGCUCAGAAAUACUACCCGAAUUUGGUGUCGGCUAGUCCGCCGAAAGCUGCCUCGAUAGAAGAUGACGACGAAGGCCAUCUGGUGUACAGAUUAGGAGAUCUCAUCCAACAAAGAUAUAAAAUUCUUGGCACACUUGGAGAAGGAACUUUCGGAAAAGUGGUUAAAGUUAAAGAUUUGGAAAUGGUUCAUGUGAUGGCUUUGAAAGUAAUAAAAAAUGUGGAAAAAUACCGGGAAGCUGCCAAGUUAGAAAUAAACGUUCUGGAAAAAUUAGCCGACAAGGAUAGUGAUUGUGCACAUCUCUGCGUGAAAAUGUUGGAUUGGUUUGAUUACCAUGGACAUAUGUGUAUAGCUUUUGAAAUGCUAGGACUGAGUGUCUUCGACUUUUUGAAAGACAACAAUUACCAGCCUUACCCUAUAGACCAAGUAAGGCACAUAGCGUACCAGCUGUGUUACUCUGUCAAAUUUCUUCACGACAACAAACUGACCCAUACGGAUCUCAAACCAGAAAACAUUCUUUUCGUCGAAUCCGAUUAUGAUUUAGUGUACAAUAGUAAAAAGAGGAGAGACGUCAGGAGGGUGAAGAGAACUGACGUCAGACUGAUAGACUUUGGCAGCGCGACCUUCGACCACGAGCAUCACAGCACGAUAGUGUCGACGAGGCACUACAGGGCGCCGGAGGUCAUCCUGGAACUGGGAUGGUCGCAGCCGUGUGACGUGUGGUCGAUUGGGUGCAUCCUGUUCGAGCUCUAUCUGGGCAUCACGCUCUUCCAGACGCACGAUAAUAGAGAGCAUCUGGCCAUGAUGCAGAGGAUUUUGGGGGAGAUACCAGUGAGGAUGGCUAGGAAGACGAAAACCAAGUAUUUUUAUCGAGGGAAACUCGAAUGGGAUGAAAAAAGUGCAGCUGGUAGAUAUGUGAGAGACAACUGUAAACCACUUAUUAGAUACAGACAAACCGACGAAUCCGACCACAAUGCUUUGUUCGAUCUGAUCUUCAAAAUGCUCGAGUACGAGCCCUCGGAACGGGUGACCUUGAAAGAGGCGCUGCGGCAUCCCUUCUUCGAUAAACUGCCGCCCCACCAACGGCUGGACGAAAAGGGUGCAGGUGAUAUGAGAAGGGACAAAAGUUCGUCCCGGUGAACAUGUAAAAAAAUACGAAUCUUGGUUUCUUCCUUCGAUUUCAUUGUACAUAAGGAUGUAUCUGUUUUUAAUAAUAGAUUCUGACAGCGGAUUUAUUUUAUUUAAUUAGAGUUUUUUUGCGGCAUUCCUGAUGUACAGGGUGACUCGAAUUGGACACUACUAGAAGUGUAGUCCUAUUUUCAAACUAUAUUGAAAACUGAUUUUUCAUGAUCAACUGACUGUCGGAAAUAUUCGGCAAUUGUUAAGACAGCUUGUUGCCAAAUGAUCAUUUAUGAAAACUAUCAAGCCGUAGUUUUCCAACAAUGUCACAAGAGAAAUUAAGGCAGCAAGCGGGAAUUGUCAAUCGACGAAUAUUUGCAGGAAAAAAAGUAUCACGAGUUGUAUUCCAUACCGUCAAAAUUGCAUACUAAGUGAUUAUAAUAGAUGUUACAAGUGUCAAAAAUAUUAUCGUUGAAAUACGUUGUUGGUUGGUCACGUGUGGGUCGAUUCGGCUUUUGUAUUGGUAGAGUGCGUCCAAUGAUUUUCUAGUAAACAAAAAUACCGCUUUAAUGCAGGAGGUACCGUGAGAAUGGUGCAUUCUGAUUGGUUCUUGAAAGAAAAGGUGAAAUAGUCACUAAUAUUUUUUCUGAAUAGGUUAGGUUAGGUUAGGUGAUCUUUGAAAUGUAGAGAUUUCAAGUUUUCCAUACGUAUUUAGAGCCUUUGAAGCGGACACCGUAAAAAAGUAGACUUCGAACAAUGCUAUGAAAAAUGUAAUAUAAAAGUUCACUGCUUGCUGUGAAAUUCAAAUUAAGCGAUCCACAGCAGUAAUUAGAUCACAUUAUUUACAAUGAAACUCAAAAUAUCGAGCGUGCUAUAUUUUUGGAAUGGCGAUAACAAGCUCUAUGUGGGUAUCCUAUGUGAUUAAAUUUUUUUGCUAUUAAAACUAUUGAAUUUCACGUGAAUGAUUUUUUCAAAUGAAGAAUUAUUGAUGUGUUGAAAACUAUGGAACAUCUGCGAAAAGUACCUUUGAGUUUUUCAUAAAAUUUUAGCUUGGCCACUAACCUCAAUUUUCGUCUGUCUAGUUUGAAAAUUCGACUUUCCCGAUGAAAGUGUUCAAUUUAGGCAACCCUGUACAUGAUCAGAUAGCUCUUAUUUUAUUAUUAACGAUUCAUCAAUUAUUUAUUUUUCUCAAGUCAGUUAUACUUGCACUGUUGUUUGCGAAGUCAUUCAGAAUCAGUUUUGACUGAUAGAAUGUUUAAAGUCAUCAUUAUUGAUAUCAUAGCAAUUUUUCACACAUGUAGCUUUGGCCACUCUCAUGAUAAAAUAUAGUUAUUUAUAAAGUGAUAAUUUUCCAAACAGAAUUCAAUCUGGCGAGCUGACUAGACAAGAAGACAGGAUAUCUGUGAGAAAUAAUAUUUUCUGUGCAAUUGUCAGAAAUAUCGGCAUUAAUUGAUUGGUUUCUACCGUGAACAAAUGAAGUUGUGAUAUUUAUUAUCAACUGUUCGAAAAUUCGACAUUUCAGAAGAAAAUUCUUGUCAAAGUUUAAAGAAUUAUCAUCUAGAAUUCACUUGAUUCAAACUAAAAAAAUAUUACAUAUUAUUUUGACAUUGUACAAAAAAUACUAUUCGUAAAUAUUUUGUUGGUAGUAUUUCAUGACACAUUCUAAUGAAUUCUUCACUCAAGAUGUUAACAAAAAAACAGUCAAAUAUGUCCGAAAAGGAUAAUAGACCAUCUUUUUCAUACUAUUUUGAUAUUUGCUGAUAGAUUUUCGUUCUGUUCACGUUUCUGGAAACUGCAUAUAAAUGUGUAUUCUGAAAUGUUCAUGGAUCCAUACAGGAUACAGGGUGAGUCUGGAGGAACGAGCCAAAUUUAAGGAGUGUCAUGUAAAAAUAAAAAAUCAGUUCGUAACUAAUUUUCAUCAUGACAAAUUUGUAUUUCUCAAAUAACUUAUUGAAUACAUUAGCAUCGACACUGUGUCUCAUUAUCAGAAAGAACUGUUUAAUAUUUGUUUUGUUGAAGCUCAACUAAAUGAAAAUAAGACGUUUGAGUUCUUCAAAUUAAUUUAAUGUUUAAACCAUUCCAAUUUGGUAUGUUUCUCCUGGCUCACCCUAUAUAACUGUAUGAUGCGCUAUAAUUAAUAACCUACACAGUUAUUCCUUCCUCUGUCGAGGAAAAUUGUCUCAAUCAGGUAAACAAUUUUUUAGACAUCAUGACGUUAUUUAACUUUAAACAAUAAACUUUGUAUAAUAGGUAUAGGUACCUUAAAAGUUAUUGAUAAAAUCAUGAACGAAGCGAAUAUGGCUCACGAUUUAUUUACAUAAUAUAAAAACAAUAAAUAAAUA